AUGCCAGCCCCCUCUGUCUCUACCCUCGAAGCCACCUCCGCCAUCCUCGGCGAAUACAUGCUCAAAGGCUGGACACUCACCGACCUCCACUGUUCUUCAUGCAAGACCACACCUCUUAUGCGAGAACCCGCUGCUAUUGCUUCGAGAGAGAAUAGGGAGAGGGUGCAGUUUUGUGCGGGGUGUGAUGGGCGGCCGGAAGGGAGGGUGAGGGUGCCACCUGUGGCCAGUGUUCCAGAGGCUUCGGUGCCCGCUGGUGGGCUUGGCGCGUACGAGACGAGAGCAGUAGCUUCGGAAUCUACGGACAGGCAAGAAACAGUCGCGGUCCCUCAGCAAUCGCGAUCUCGUCCUGCCGAGGCCUCCCAGCAAUCUCAAUCUCAGACCGAACCCAAAGCCGACCCCGCCGCUUCCCUCUCCCAACUCCUCCUUCAAGGCUACUCUCUCCUCGCCGACACAUGUCCCAACACCUCAUGCCGCGGCAUUCCACUUGCUGGCUAUCCAAAGCGAAAGGACGGCUCGAAAGACGGUAGAAAAGUCUGUGUGAGCUGCGGAAUGGGAUGGGUCGAGGAGAAGAGUGUCGAUGAGGGGUGGGUCUUGACGGGAGAGAAGAAGGGAACGAGGGAAGAUGAUGGUGGGGCGGAGAGUCCUAGGAGUAAGAAGAGGAGAGAGCUGUAUGGCCUUGGAGAUGUGAAGGGGAAGGGGAAAGCGGUGGAUGUGGGAGAAUUUGAGAGGCAGGCGAGAGCGUCUGAGAAUGAGCUUGUGAGCAAGGCUGAGGAGAAGGAGCUUGAAGAGGCCGUUGCCGAAGUGGGUUCAGAGGGCUCUCUCGUUCACAAAGACAUACUGACGAAAGAGCAGUCAUCCAACUCUAUACAACAACCCCACCUCGCCCAAUCACUCACUCAAACCUCCUCCGCCCUCUCUACAACCCUCUCCCACCUCGCUUCCUCCCUCUCCUCUCUCACCCAGCCCGAGCGACUGGCAGAAGGAGAAAAGAGCGGAAAGCUGUUUGUGGAUAUCAAGCUGCAUACCGAGGCUUUGAAGGACGUGUUGGGAGUUUUGGGGGAGGUUGAGAAGGCUAGGAAGGGGUGGUGA